CCAAUAUGGCUGCCGAGCGGUAAAAGUUCGCAAGGAGUAUUUAGGAAGUAUGUGAAAGGCGCUACAGACAAGAUGGCGGAAUCUUCAGACAAACCGGAAGAGACCGCCGAGACCACGGAGACAGUCCCGAGUGUGGCUGUUAUCACGGACGAGGAAAGAGAGCUUGCUGGGAAAGCCUUGCUGCAGUUUGAGUCAGGGAAGUACGACGCAGCGUUGAACACCAUCAGCAGACUAGAGGAGACACGGCCUAGUGAUCACAAGGUCCUUCAUAACAGAGCAGUGGUGGAGUUCCACAAGUCCAACUGCACCAAAACUGACGAGUUCAGACAGCGGCUACAGACGGUAUGCUCACAGAUCAGUAUCAAAGUAAAUGACCUGGAUGGCCUGGAGGAUGUGGACAAUGGUGUGCUGUAUUAUAACCAGGCCGUGGUGAGGUUCCACACCAGGCAGUUUCAGGAGGCAGCAAACAUCCUGGAGAAACUCUUCCAGUUCAUCGAACCUCUCGAAGAGACUCUUGCCAGGAAGAUUUGUAUGGUCCUGAUUGAUCUGUAUCUACUCACAUAUCAGGCUGAGAAAGCACUACACAUGGUCAGUUACUUCGACAAGAUGCUCUUCGAUCCCCCAAGUGCUGGGAAAAGCAAGGAGGGAGCCCAAGACAAAGACAAGGAGAAAGACAAGGCACCAGAGAGCGGAGCCUCGCUUGCCGCCACCAAGGAGACGACAGUUGAGACCGUGUCGCCGAACGAAGAGUUUCGCCCGCUCCUGCACCAGUACAAGGCGCGCUGCUGUCUGCUGGCCAAGUCUAUCAAGGCCUGUAAGAGAGAGAUCAAGGCAGUCAUCAACACACAGGGCAUGACGAGCACUACCAUCUUCUUGAAAGCAAACUUUGAGUAUCUGCGACACAACUACCGGAAAGCUGUCAAACUCCUGAGCAGUAUACCUGACGCACCGCGUAUGAUAGAGCUGGGAGAAUGGAUUCCUGUGAUGUUUUAUAACAACCUAGGCUGUAUACACUUCUACAUGAAGAAGUACAACCUGGGAGCCUUCUACUUCAAGAAGGCCAUGCAGGAGAACGACAACAGGGCCCAACAGCUGCCCAAACGUGAACCAGGACAAGUGUUAUCUGGGCGACCACUGCACACCCUGGCCACCAACAAGCACUACGAGCUGCUGUACAACGCGGGGGUACAGCUGCUGCACGCCGGCCGACCGCUCGCCGCAUUCGACUGUCUGAUCGAGUCGGUCCAGGUCUACCACUCCAACCCACGCCUCUGGUUACGCAUCGCAGAGUGCUGCAUCGCUGCAAACCAAGAGACCCCAGAAGAAGAGAGUAAAGGCAUCCCCAGUAAGAAACAGAUGUCCUCGCAGGGAGUGGUGGGCUCAGGGUUCCACAGGAAACUGGUCGUCAUGUCGCCUAGUCAGAAGGGCAGCAAGUUCACCCCAAACGGCCAGUCGUCUGCCAUCCCGGUAGCCAACCUGGAGUUCGCUUCCAUCUGUCUGAAAAACGCCGCCAUGCUGCUGCCUGAGGAGUCAGCCGCAAAGGAUGCUGGGAGCACAGGGCAUGCUGGGACGGGUGUGCAGCUGGGUAGCCACGCCCUGGACUCAGGAGACAUGUUUGAUGGGUCAUUACCAGGAGACAGCGGGUGUGUAGCAGCACCCCCUGCCUUCCCUCUCAAGCCGCUGGAGGCAGCAAGCCUCAGGUGUUCGGUGUUAGCGUGCAGUGCGUACGUUUCGCUAGGACUGGGAGACAACGUGACAGCACUCCACCACGCACAGACACUUCUCACCCAACCUUCGCUCUCGGGGUCCCUCAAGUUCCUGGGUCACCUGUACGCAGCUGAAGCCCUGAUCUCGCUGGACCAGGUGUCUGAAGCCAUCCAGCACCUGAACCCUGACAAUGUUAGUGACGUCUCAGUCUCUAUACCUGGCACUGUGGACACCGCAACUGAGAAGGGGAAAGGUUCAGAUGAAGGAGAGGAAAGAGAGAGCCAGGCUGUGCACAGUCAGUAUUACCCCCACUCCCUACAGUCAGCCAAGUCCACUUUAAUGUUCAACCUGGCCAGCGCACACUGUUUACGGAGUGAGUUUGAGAAGGCCAAGAAGUGUCUACAUCAAGCUGCCUCCCUGAUUCCAGCCAAUGAGAUCCCUCCACAAGCAAUAAUGCUGGGUGUAUAUCUGGAGCUACAAAGUGGAAACACGAAGCUGGCACUGCAGAUUAUCAAGAAGAAACAACUGAUACCCAUGAUGAAGGGGAGCGACUCCAACGCCCCCCUCCCCACCAGUAACACCCCUCCCACCCCACUCAUCAGGACCAAGCAAAAACCUCGCAAAUAACUUCUAGCUUUAAACUAAAUUAAGGCAUCCAGUGCAAUUUCAGGGCGACAAAACUGGAUUUUCAAACUCAAUUUUCUGCUCAUUCUUUCCAUGUAGUAAGCUGAAUCAGUCCUAUCCCAUAGCAUCCUGAUAUCUGUGAGGCAAACAUGCAAUGUUACUGAUGGUUACAUCUUUUCUAUUGUAGGUUGGUUCUAGCUACUUGUGGGCGGUACCCCAAAAAUGAAAUGAUGCUUCACAAACCUUGAUGCUAUGCUCUUUCAAAUGUUUCAAGUAUGAAAUUAUGACAAAAAUGUGAUAAUAUAUGGCACUAUAUGGCAGUAAAUGUUGAUAUCAGACAGAUUUCCUCACCCAGAAUAUUUUUGUUUUGUGGCCCUGAAAUUGCAUUGGAUGCAUUUAACCUUCCUCCAGCUAGGGAAGCAGUAUGGCAUCGGAAUUUGUAUUGGUUAUGGGGCAAGGCAGCAGGAAGGACGUUAAAUGUGUCAAAUCAGGCAGUUUA